CUAAAAGUUGCUUGUAAUUAAAUGCAAAAUGCUCAUAUUCUAAAGCAGAUUUUGAAAAAGGAAAGAUGUGCUGAGGAUUCAUUAAUAUAUAUUUUGAUAUUAAUAAACACCUAUCUAUCACAUUCUCAUAACAAAUUUUCUAGCAUGUUCUUGCUCACUUUAGACUAAUCAUUUUGAGCGAAAGAAACGGUGACGGCGACGAUAGUAAGGAAACGGUGACAGUGACAUAUACGGCGACGUAUAAACUUUUUGGUCAUUUCCCUCCUCUUCUUCUCAUUGUAGUAUGUCCACUCAAAAUUUGAAAGAUAAAGAAGAUCUCAUCCUGCCUUUGAAGUGGAAGCCUGGUGAAGAUCGCAUAAGUAAAUUAUUACUGGGUGAUCCAAAAAUCAUAAAUCUGGUUGUUCACUCUUUAGUUGAUGCAAGUAUUCCUGCCAAUAGCUAUAUUCCAGCCCAAGCUGAAUGGACUGAUGGUAGCAGGUUGGAUGUAGUUUAUGCGUCGCCAAUUAAGACAACAGAAUCACUGCCACCAAUAUUAAUUGAACUUCAAUAUCAGGUUGAUCAAGAUUUUAUGCUAAGGCUUAUAACAUAUGCAUCUCAUACUUAUAAACGCUACAAAGUACUGCCAAUUAUUCUUGUAAUUGUAACCAAAUCUCUCUCAAGUGCCGACUUCCAAAGAGAAUUUACCAUCAGUAGAAAUGGACUUCUACUCGAAGCAAGCUGCAACAGCAACAAGUACUGGAGCAAAUCUGUCAUCAUUCUUUUCUCGCGAAGCAUACAAGGUAUAUACACCUUGGGUAUCAGUCCAUUCAGCUUGGGCUGGAAUAUAGCUAUUGGCAGGAAUACUUGCAUCUAUAGACAAUUUGUGUUAAAUACAUACCAUAUCUUUAUACAAGUAAUAAAAUACAUUACCAACUAA